AUGGCAGCUUGUCCGAUCCAUUUUUGUCUCGUCGCCGCCAUCCUGACGGCGGUAUUUUGUGCUCCGGCAGCCGGCGUGGACGUUGUUCAGCUGAGGAAGCUGGCAGCUAAGAAUAACUUGACGUGUGUGUUGGUUUUUGGAGAUUCUAGCGUUGAUCCCGGUAACAAUAACCGUCUUCCCACUACGAAUAAAGGGAAUUUCCCACCAUAUGGGAAGGACUUCAUCUCCGGUGGCCGCCCCUCUGGCCGGUUCAGUAAUGGCAGACUUGCCACCGAUCUCAUUGCGGAUGCGCUUGGUUACAAGAAAAUCGUACGAGGAUUUCUGGACCCUUAUCUGAACAAAAUGGACAUGAUGCACGGUGUUAGUUUUGCGUCAGCAGCUUCAGGCUAUGAUGAACUCACUGCCAAUAUCUCAAGCGUUAUAUCAUUAUCCAAGCAAUUGAAAUACCUAAAGCACUAUAAGAUCCACCUGAGGCAACUUAUUGGAGCUGAGAAAGCAGAAAGACUCAUAAAUAAUGCAGUUUUUGUGAUUAGUAUGGGAACCAACGAUUUCCUACAAAACUACUACGUGGAACCUACACGUUCCCAGCAGUAUACCGCGGACCAAUACGUAGAUUAUUUGGUCUCUUCUAUGUCUAGUGCCAUUAAGGAAAUGCAUCAUGUAGGAGCGAGAAGAGUCGUAGUAGUGGGAGUUCCUCCAUUCGGGUGUAUGCCACUAGUCUUGACACUUAGAGGUGAGACCAAAUGCGACGAACAACUCAACAAAUUGGCCCUUUCAUUCAGCACCAAGGUCAAGAACAGCUUGACAAAACUGAAGGGAGAAUUAGGGAUCAAAACCUCAUUCGUUGACAUCUACAACGUCAUUUUGACAGUAAUACAAAACCCGAAAUCAUACGGUUUUGAAGUGGCAACCAAGGGGUGUUGUGGAACGGGAACCUACGAAUACGGCACGACUUGCCGCGGUCUGACCACGUGUCCGGACCGGACCAAGUACGUUUACUGGGAUGCGGUUCACUUUACAGAGAGUAUGUAUAAGAUAGUUGCUGAUGAAGCUUUGGAAACCAUUGCUGUUGAGCUUCUUAAUUAG